UGGAGUAAUUUCGUUCGGCUGAAAGUGGGCGCGUUUGAUUUGAUGUAGUGAACGAUUGAGAGCCCAAAUCCCGUAGAGAGUAAGAGAAGCCGUGUCGUCCACACACAAAUAAUUUAGCGAAUAUUAGGUUGGUGUUCCGACAGAGAAAACUUACGAACUGUAAACCGGGAAGACAACCUUAAUCUAAAUGAAGAGGUGAUGGUUUGAUACGAAUCAUAAUGGUGUACGUGUCUUCGGAAAUGGCGAAACUAUGGUGCUUCAGUGGAAAACCUCCACUACCUUCACGCAACCAGUUGCGAAGGAAUCACGGCGUUCAAAGGUACUCAAACACUGACGUACCCAAAAGCAUGAAGACUUAUGCAAGUAUGAAUAAGGAAAGUAAAAGUGAAACCCCUCAGAUGUUGAAAAUAGUAGUGAGUGGAGUGACAGAGCUCUUGAGGGUUUUCUCUCCUUCUUUCGAUCAAGCAAGCUUUGAGAAACAGAGAGAUGAAUUCCCAAUUUCAACCGUCGAUGAUGUUCUAAGUAUCAUCAAAUCUGAUUACGACAACGCCUAUUUCGUAACAGGGAACUUCACUUCUUCAAUUUAUGCUGAGAACUGUAUUUUUGAAGACCCAACUAUUAAAUUUCGUGGUAGGGAGUUAUACGCACGAAACUUGAAGUUGCUUGUUCCAUUCUUUGACCGUGCAUCAAUUAUACUACAAAAGAUUGAGAAGGAUGUUGACUCCGACAGAAAUUUUGUGCUGGCAUCUUGGAAACUAAGGACCAACUUGAAGCUUCCUUGGAGGCCUCUGAUUUCUAUUGAUGGAAGCACAAUUUAUGAAUUAAAUGAAGAUUACAGAAUUGUUAGGCAUGUCGAGAGUUGGGAUGUUUCUGCAGUUGAAGCAGUUUUUCAGAUUUUCUCCUUAAACUCAGGUGGUUGAUAUGUCAAGUUUCAUGAAAUCUUGGCAUUCAUUCAUCAAAUGGCUCUUUUGGACAGAGUCACUUCGUAAAUAUAUAUUUCACAAUGAUUAUAAAUUUAUGUAGUUGUUAAAGAUGCAAUAUACGCCUAUGUAUGCAGAAUAUUUACAUUCUAGAAGAAAUGUUUAUAAAUGGUGUAUUGAUUGAUUGA